UUAUUUCAUAUUUUUGUCAUCAAGAUCAAAAACCCGAUGGAAGUAAGAGAAGAAACAAGUUAAUUUGUGGUUUUAUAUUCGCAAUGGAAGUUGGUAAUACUAAGGGGGUGUUUGUUUUUUCAGAAAAAUCUCUUCUAACCUCUUAUGUCUGUGCCGUGCAGACCACGCGCAGACGUUUUGCUCUGCAGACCGUUUGUUUUUUAGAAGACAUUUCUUUAAAAAAUGUCUUCAAACCUAUGGGCGUCCUCUUCCCCACGCAGACAUGGUCCAGUGUCUUCCCACAUCUUCCAACCUCUUCCAACCCUCUCUCCACCCCUCUCCUCCUAAUCUCAAAACAAAGACACCUCUUCUCCAUUCUAUUUUUCCCAACCCUAGUUCCUUCUCCAUCUCAUCCAACUCAGCCGCCACUCCGGUCAUCCUUCUCCUCCUACGUUGCCGGUCACCACCACCUCCUCCUCCACAGCCACCAGCAACACCUCCCCCAACUCCACAGCCAGCGCCGACAGUUCCCCCACCUCCACAGCCACCGCCAACAUCUCCCCCUCCUCCACAACCACUGCCAACACCUCCCCCACCUCCACAGCCACCGCCGUCGAGGUUUUCCAUCGGUCUUCAUCCUCUGUGAAGGUUUUCCAUCGCUUGCAGAAGUUAAAAAACAAACAGUCUUCUUCUUGCAGACUGCAGAGGUUUGGUCCACCUCUUCUGCUACAGAUGUCUGCAGAUGUGGUCCGCAGACUGCAGACAUUAGACAUUUUACCUCAGAAAAAACAAACAGCACCUAAAUUGAGAGGCGGAGACAACAUAAGAGUUUGGUUUACGGUUAUGGAAGCAUUGGUACUAUGUAGAAGAAGAAGUAACAGGAGAGAUACUUUGUUUGGCAUAUGAUAUCUACGGGUGUUCUUCAGCUUUUUUUCGAGUUUCAGGCCGGGUUGUUAAGGUUUUUGGCUUGAAAAAAGUGACCCGCUAAAUGACCCAUUUAAGUUCGGGUUAGUCGGUUCGGGUUAGUUUGGGUCGGGUUGUUUGGUUUUCAGGUAUAGAUGUAAAAUGAAAAUAAAUAUUUUUUUUUUGUACAAAACAUCAUCAAAAUUUAUAUAUUUUUACGAAAAAUAUCAUCAGAAUUUAAA